GAUUUGCUUCUUACCUCCAUGUCUGCCGCUCUGACUCGAUAAAAAUGUUAAAGAACCAAAACACAGUCGAUAUCAUUCCAUCCUGAUACACACUCUCUUGCCGUAUCACGUCCCUUCUCUGUUAGCUAGGAUCCCCUUUGAUACCCUGGACGUGCAUCGCCAAAACUUUCUCCAUCUCUUUCUAUUUCACAUACGCUACUCGACAUACAGCUAAAAAUUCAUUUUAAUCGCCUCUACCCGCCGUCUAAAUGACUUUCGAUCCUCCAAGGCUAUUGCUCAUAGACUCCUACGAUUCAUUUACUUUCAAUCUAGCAUCUUUAUUUCGACGAUCUAUUCCAGGAUGUUGCAUCCACAUCCUGAAGAACGAUAGACUUUCGAUAUCUGAUUUGUUGCCCCAUCUGAGGCACUUUUCAGCCAUCGUCGUAGGGCCUGGGCCUGGUUCGCCGGACAAUACUGAGGACAUUGGGCUCGUCAGGGAUCUGUGGAACGUUUCCGAGCAGUAUAUGCUGCCUAUAUUUGGCGUUUGCCUCGGCCUCCAAAGCCUCGCACUCGCUGAUGGUGCAGAGCUGCAUCGCCUGCCAAUCGUAAAACAUGGUCAGAUAUCGCAUGUCGUGCACACUGGCCAUAGUUUGUUCGAAGGUGUGGGCCGUGUGGAAGCUGUGAGAUAUCACUCUUUGCAUGUCACUUUGCUACCAGGCGGCUCUAUAGAGCCUCUGGCAUGGGCGGACGAUGAGCCGGAGAACGGAAGAAUCGUCAUGGCUAUUGAGCACAGAACCUGGCCUUUUUGGGCAGUUCAAUAUCAUCCGGAAUCCGCUUGCACUGCCGGUGGUGGACCAGAGGUUGUCGCAAACUUUUGGCGUUUAGCGCAACAAUGGACUCAUAAACAUGGAAGGAAAACGAGUCCUUGGUGUGAGAGCGCCCGUCGUGUCUUCGGACCCUCUUGGCCCCACGCUUCCCCCCUACACCAAUCGCUUCGCUAUUCUUUCCCGCCCGCUUUGUCUGUGAAUACCAUUGUUGUCGAUGCACCCACGAUAUCCGUGACGAACAUCUGUGACAUCCUUGGAGCAAACGACGAACAGCAGCCUUUCGUUCUCUUGGACUCUGCAGCUCGUCCAGGUCGAUUUUCAAUCAUAGCCUCCAUGCUGCCCACGAGCCUUCAGAUUACUUACAACGUUGAUGAUCCCUUCGUUGGUUUGGCGCGCGGAACUGCAGUUACAUACGAGAAACUUGGAGAUCAUAACAUAUGGUCAUGGCUUGCAAGUUUUAUGUACACUCGAAAGGCAGGGGGUGGUAGACCUGAGAUUCCUUUCUGGGGUGGACUGAUAGGGCUUUUGAGCUAUGAAGUUGGUGUUUGUUCCCUGGGAGUCGCUCCGCGAUCUAGGAAUGACCCCAACCGCAAACACCCUCAUCCUGAUGUCAACUUUGCUUUCAUUGAAAGGAGCAUCGUCGUGGACAACUUGACUGGAAAAAUAUAUGUUCAGUCUAUCAUCCCCAACGACGACACUUGGCUGGUCGAAACAUCAGUGUUAGUGCAAGAGCAACCGGAUGCUGUCCACCAGGAAUGCUUACCUUUACACGACCAGGAGACCGUUUCUCAUGCCACGGUAAUCCUCCCAGACAAGGAUCGGUACAUCUCCAAUAUCAAACAGGCUAUGGAUCAUUUGUUCCGUGGCAACUCAUACGAGCUCUGCCUCACUGCCCAUACACGGAUUCAAACGUCCUCGAAGUCUUCUUGGAACCGUUACAAAACACUUCGCCGAACCAACCCUGCUCCCCAUUCUGCCUUCCUACGUUUAUCUCCAACAACCUUCCUAUCGUCUUCCCCCGAACGUUUCCUAUCCUUUUCUCGUCCGCCAGAUGCCAUCUACCAAUUGAGGCCGAUUAAGGGUACGAUACGGAAAGGCCCUGACGUCGAUCGUGCGUAUGCGGAAAGAGCCCUCGCUGGGAGCCCUAAGGAGGUCGCAGAAAACCUGAUGAUCGUGGACCUCAUCAGGCAUGAUCUUCACAGCGUGGUUGGCGAGGGUGUCACUGUGCAGCAGUUUUGCGCCGUAGAGGAAUACGAAACUGUCUGGCAGCUUGUCAGCGUGAUUGAAGGCCAAUCGUCUUCAGAAAAAUCAAGCGGGUGGGAUGUUUUAAGGAGCAGUUUACCACCUGGUAGCAUGACUGGGGCUCCGAAGAAGCGAAGUGUGGAGAUCUUGCAAGAUCUCGAGGAAUCAGACCGAAGUCUGUAUUCUGGGGUAUUCGGAUACUGGUGUGUAGGAGGUGGCGGUGACUGGGCGGUGACGAUACGAAGCGCAUUCCGACAUGAUGAUCCUAACGUUCAACCCGCUGACGAGAAAUGGGUAGUCGGAGCUGGCGGUGCUAUAACCGCUCUUUCCGAUCCUGAGUCAGAGUGGGAUGAGAUGGUUAUCAAACUUCAGAGUGUUUUGAGAACCUUUGAUUGAAGAUGGUGUUCAUCUUCUGAUACUUAAUACUGAAUACUGACUUUAUUAUGAGCAUCAGACUUACUUAAUUACCGCUUAUAGAUGAGUGUUUGCAUAGCACAUUGUAUCCAUACUUUGAAUUCAACUU